AUGGGUCUGGGAGAUCUUUUUGCAGAGAGGAUGAUUGUGGACAUGUCAGGCUUCAUGGUAGACAUGAUGUUGAGUCCCGGUACUUCCCAGCAGAAUGAUCCCGGUCGGAUGUGGAUGAUGACACCUACCCUUGACAAGGAUAUUGCCCAUGCAUUUGCUAAGGAAACAAGAAAAGGUAUCGGCGGUGUGGUCCAGGGAGAUUUCUAUGGGAUAUUUGUUGAUACGGUUUACAUACCUAGCACGAUGAUGUCCUGUAUGGUCCUGUUUGUGCGCUAUCUUGAUGGCAAGGGUGAUGUGGUGGAGAGGCUUCUCGGUGUUGUGCCAGACCCUGAUUUCGGUGGUUCAUCUCUCAAUGUGAUGGUGUAUUCGAUGCUUUCUGAAGCUGGAUUGAUUUUGUCGAAGCUGCGUGGUCAAGGCCAUGGCUUGUUUGGUUACGACGAUGAAAUUUUCACCACACUAAAGACAUUAAUCACUAACGAGAAUGGAUUGGAGUACUACGUUCAUCCUUAUCUCUGCCAGCUGCAUUCUUCUCUUGUACAUUCUUCCCAUGGUCAGUUUAAAGUUUAUGAGCUCUUCCAAACUGUCGAUGCACUGUCAAAUCUAGUCAAAGACUGUCCCCAGUUCACAGAAAAGGUUUGUUCGCUAAUACAAGAGAGAGGGUUCAACCUGGCCAGUGAUCUUAACAAACCUGGUGAAACAAGCUGGGGUUCAUAUUAUGAGGCACUCGUGAAAUUUGCUGCUUAUUUUGAUCCAAUUUGUGACGCACUUUACUUUGUGAGAGAGAAGAAGUGA